CAAGAGCGCGGCGGCGACGCGGACCCAUGCCGGCGGCCAACCUGAUGGAGAACCUGCAGCUGCCCGCCUUGCAGGUGCCCGGGCCGCAGGGCGCGCCCGAGGGCAGCCCGGUCCGGUCCAGCUCGUCGACCCCCACGCUCCGCCGCCGGCGCUUCAAGAUGCACCGCACGAAGAACGUGCACGAGCAGAGCCUAGAGGCCGGGCUGGCCCGGGACCUGCCGGGCGUCUUGGCCCCUGGCAAGGAGUUCCUGCAGCUGCCGGCCAUCGAGAUCACGCCCUCCAGCGACGAGGACACCCCAUGGUCCAACUGCUCGACACCCAGCGCUUCCCCGCGCCGAAAACGCUUCCUCCUCCGCAAGUGGCUGAGGGUGAGGGAGCGGAAGGAGUGCAGUGAAAGCAGCAGCCAGCAGAGCAGCCUGCAGAGCAGCCAGCAGAGCAGCCACGACGAUGACUCCAGCAGGUUCCUGAGUCCGCGGGCGCAGGAGGAAAGCACUGCCAGUAACUCCAACCGCAGCACGCCGGCCUGCUCCCCGAUCCUGCGGAAGCGGUCCCGCUCGCCCACCCCGCAGAGCGCCGACGGCGACGCCAUGGUGGAAAAGGGCUCGGACCACUCCUCGGACAAGUCCCCGUCCACGCCCGAGCAGGGCGUGCAGCGCAGCUGCUCCUCGCAGUCCGGCCGCAGCGCGGGCAAGAACUCCAAGUCUCACAAGCGCCUCUCAAAAAAAAGCCAGAGCUGGUACAAUGUGUUAAGCCCCACAUACAAACAGAGAAAUGAAGACUUCAGAAAGCUCUUUAAACAGCUUCCAGACACGGAGCGCCUCAUCGUAGAUUAUUCAUGUGCACUCCAAAGAGACAUUCUUCUUCAGGGCCGACUCUACCUCUCUGAAAAUUGGAUCUGCUUCUACAGCAACAUCUUCCGCUGGGAAACCCUGCUGACCGUCCGCUUAAAGGACAUCUGCUCCAUGACAAAAGAAAAAACAGCACGCCUCAUUCCCAAUGCCAUCCAAGUUUGCACCGACUCGGAAAAGCACUUCUUCACUUCAUUCGGGGCGCGGGACAGGACGUACAUGAUGAUGUUCCGGCUGUGGCAGAACGCGCUCCUCGAGAAGCCCCUGUGCCCCAAGGAGCUGUGGCACUUCGUCCACCAGUGCUACGGGAACGAGCUGGGCCUGACCAGUGACGACGAGGACUACGUGCCCCCUGAUGACGACUUCAACACGAUGGGCUACUGUGAAGAGAUCCCUGUGGAAGAGAAUGAAGUGAACGACAGCUCUUCCAAAAGCAGCAUAGAGACCAAGCCGGAUGCCAGUCCGCAGCUGCCCAAGAAGUCCGUCACCAACAGCACGCUGACAUCCACGGGGAGCAGCGAAGCCCCCGUCUCGUUCGAUGGCCUGCCCCUGGAGGAGGAGGUGCUGGAGGGCACCGGGCCCCUCGAGAAGGAGCUCGCUGUGGACAGCGUUGCCGAGGAGAAGAUGGAGCUCCUGGCGCCUGUGAACGCCCCGUCCCUGGACUUCAACGACAGCGAUGGCAUCCCCACCGAGCUCAGCGACUCCUCCGACACCCAUGAUGGAGGGGAAGUCCAGGCCUUCUAUGAGGACCUGAGUGGCCGGCAGUACGUGAAUGAAAUUUUCAACUUCAGCGUGGACAAGCUCUAUGACCUCCUGUUCACCGACUCGCCCUUCCAGCGGGACUUCAUGGAGCAGCGGCGCUUCUCAGAUAUCGUCUUCCAUCCGUGGAAGAAGGAAGAGAAUGGGAACCAGAGCCGCGUGAUCCUUUACACCAUCACCCUCACCAACCCCCUGGCUCCCAAAACUGCCACUGUCAGGGAGACACAGACUAUGUACAAGGCGAGCCAGGAGAGUGAGUGUUACGUGAUCGACGCGGAGGUCCUCACCCACGACGUGCCGUACCACGACUACUUCUACACCAUCAACCGCUACACGCUCACACGCGUGGCCCGGAACAAGAGCCGGCUCAGGGUCUCCACGGAGCUGCGCUAUCGCAAGCAGCCCUGGGGCUUGGUGAAGACCUUCAUCGAGAAGAACUUCUGGAGUGGGCUGGAGGACUACUUCCGGCACUUAGAGAGCGAGCUGACCAAGGUGGAGAGCACCUACCUGGCUGAGAUGCACAGGCAGUCUCCCAAAGAGAAGGCCAGCAAGCCCCCAGCCGUGCGGAGGAGGAAGCGCCCCCACGCCCACCUGCGGGGGCCGCACCUGGAGGAGGUGAUGAGCCCCGUCACCACCCCCACUGAUGAAGAUGUGGGCCGCAGGAUCAAGCACGUGGCAGGUUCCACGCAGACCCGGCAUGUCCCUGAGGACACCGCCAACGGCUUUCACCUGCAGAGCGUGUCCAAGCUGCUGCUGGUCAUCAGCUGUGUCCUGGUGCUGCUGGUCCUGCUCAACGUGAUGCUCUUCUACAAGCUCUGGAUGCUGGAGUACACCACCCAGACCCUCACUGCCUGGCAGGGCCUGAGGCUCCAAGAAAGGUUGCCCCAGUCUCACACGGAAUGGGCCCAGCUCCUAGAGUCCCAGCAGAAGUACCACGACACUGAGCUCCAGAAGUGGAGGGAGAUCAUCAAAUCCUCAGUGAUGCUUCUUGACCAGAUGAAGGACUCACUCAUCAAUCUUCAGAACGGCAUCAGGACCCGCGACUACACAUCAGAAAGUGAAGAGAAGAGGAGCCGCUAUCAUUGACAAGGCAGGAACAGGGCGGCGGCAAGAGGCCUGUGCAAUACGUGUACAUAGACCAUAUAAAUAUAUAUAUAUAUAAAUAUAUAUAUAUACAGAAUAUAAAUAUAUAUAUUAUAUACAGAUUUUAAAAAGAGAUCAUGCCUAUGUACCAGGGAGAAGGAGCUGGAUCGCCUCCUGUGCUGGCCGGCGGAGGGCCAAGGGGGGCAGGGACCGCCUCUCAGCACCACCCUCCCCGACCCGCCGCCUCCCUCCCCCCUCCUGUCCCCUCCCCUCCCCUUGCCAUGCUUGGCUCUGAGAAGGGGAAUGUUGCUGAGCCAAAGUCAUGCCUGUGAAGGCUCUGGGGUCUUGAAAAAGAAGUCUCUAGGGGGGCAUUGCUUAAGGUGCUUCAUUCCCAAAUCCCCUUUGGGUUUGUUUCCAAAGUAGAAGAGAACCUUUCCUUCCCCACCUCACGCUUCUGCAGGGGUUCUCUUGGGAAGAAGGAAGGAGCAAGGGCAGGGGCCCAGUCUAACCACCCCCGGGAGGCCGCCCCUUCGUGAGCACAGCCGCGGGGCAGGCGGAGAGGACUGCUGGGAGCUCGAAGGGCCGCCCGGGCAGGUUUGGGGUCUGCGGCUGCUGGCUCCCUGGGACUUGCGCACGAAGGACGUUCUCCUCCACCAGCCCCGCACCUCCCUCUGACCUGUGUAGGGUGCGGACCAAUAAGGGCUGGGGAUUUCUUACCUUCCCUCCCCCACCCCCUUCUCUCUGGUCUUCCCCCAGGCUGGAUCUGGGGGAGGCAGUCACUUUCUAGUGCCUAAAGCCCUAUUUUUUUCUCUGUGCCCUAAGAGCACAUUGUUUCUUAGCCAGGGGGAAGCAUUUUUGAUCUUGUUGCUAAACUGGUCUAGUGGUUAGAAGCAGUCAGGUCUAGGCUCUAAUUCCUCACUUUGAGCUGCCAGCUGGAUUCCCAGGGCAACCCAGGGUGUGGUAGGAGCUCCAGGGUUGGGGAGUGAGCGCCCUAGCAGUGCAGGGCCGUGGGGUCUGAGGGAGAAGGCCGUGAGCGUAGCGGGCGCCGGUCCCCACGUUUACUCUCGGUGAAGCGCCAACGUUAGGCAAGGGAGACGACUGUGCCAGGCACUUGGCCCCUGGAAGAGGACCUCAGCCCUUGGAGGGAAGGGUUUGGCCAAGGUGCACGUGUUGGGGCCUGAAGAAGCCCGAUGGAGUCCCUGCCCCCACGGGCUGUUGCAGACCCGCCGUUGCUCAGCCAUGGAGUUCUGGCAGAGGGAGCGGAAGUGUUAGGGUCCGUACCAGAGCGCUCAGAUGUAUAUCACCGAGGAGCAGAAAGAAGACCUCAGAAAGAAGCGUGUGUCAUCCAGGGCCCUUCCAGGGCUGGCUCCCUGGGAUCCGUGCGUUGAUCUGACUUUGUGGGACCCUCCUGGGCGCGCCUGCUGUCCUUCAUAUACUGACUGCUGUUUGUCCAUCUAGUAACCAAAGGACUCCUGCCCGCCGCAGGUGGAGCUCCCCGAGGUUCCCCCAUCGGGAAAGGGCCACACCCGCUUGGCGAGGGGAGCCCCUCCCGCGCACGUGCUCUUCUAGUCGGGCCCUCGAUGCAAGGUGCGGAGGAAAGGGAAAGUCUAUCACCGAUGGAGCCCAAAGGAAGAGCCAUGUGUAUUCUCUUGGAAUGGCCUGAGCAUCCCUCUGUGACAAGGACACACUUUUGACUUUUCCGUCUCUCUGAGAACACAGCCUUGCUAUUGCCACACAGGCGGGAUGAGAAAACAACGACAUCCGUGCCCAGGGCACGCCCCGGGGAGUAGUACGAGGAGGCUUCGUGGGAGCCGCGGAAAGUGUGUCCCUCCCCAGGAGAGGGCUGGACUGUCAUCACCCCACUCGGGGCAUGAAGGCUGCGGAGGAGCCGAAAGGUGCGAGUGCCCCGGGGCAGCGGCCCCGCCCAGGCCUCGGCGUGGGGGGCCCGGGACGUCCAGGCGCAGGGCCUGAGCCAGAGCAGGAGGGACGGUGCAGGCCGCAGAACCCUUCCUGUUGCAGUAACCAGAAGCCAACCUUAUUCCCAGAAACUUUUAAAGACAAAAGUGGUAAAUUCUCUAAUUUAUUCCAUGCGUAUUUAUUUAUUUAUUUAUUUAAAUCAUGCCAUCAAUAAAGGGCCCAGGCGGGGCUUCGGUGUGACUGAAAAAGGGUUCUUUCCUGGGAGUCCAGUGACGGGAGCUGCCCUGGCUACACAGAUGUUGUGCUUUUACCUGACUUGUCAGGCCCGUCCCAGGGAAGAGCAGGCGACAGGGAAGCAGUGCUCAGUUUGCUCAAGGGACCCCCGCAAUUUCUGGGGAUUCGAACCAGGAGAGGGUGUGUGCCCGUGGGAAACGCCCCUCGGCCCGCCUCGUUUCUAAGCGUCAGGGAUCCACUGUUCUAUUUUCCCGUUUUCAAAAAUCAACUCUAUUCGUUCCCAAACAAAGCUUUGCUACCUCGUUCAGCAACCUGUAGCUGUGCAAGGAGCAUCACACCAUCCCCCUUAGGUUUUCUCUUCCAGCCGUUGCUUCUUGGUUUUGUUCAUGUAGGAACUUGUGGUCUUUGUGCGAGGAUUCCGGUGGUGAAACACCUGAGAGCUGGUCCUCAGUUUCGGAGAUUUUGCAGAGUUUCCUCCCAGGCGAAGGACCGCUGCAGGGCCUACACCCCCCGCCUCCCCGGCUCACUGUGGAGGAAUGACCAAGACUGGUCCGCAACUUUUCCCCUUUCCCCUUCCACCCGCCUGGUACAGGGGAAAGCACCCUAGGCAACUGGAAGCUCUUUGUAAGAGCGCCGAGCCGAGAGUCAGGAGACGGGCCUGUGUCCCGGCUCCGCGGUGGGACAAGCCCCUGCGCCUCUCUGAGCUCCAGCGUCCGCAUCUGCAGCAGGACAGGGAUGGCCCAGCCAAUCUCUAGUGUAGGUCCUGGCCUUGGCAUUGCCUUGGGGGCUCCACCAGGCCCUGCAAGGCUGGGCUUUCUUAGACUUGAAGGUCCCCUUCUGGGCUAGACAUUUCCUGGUGUUUAGGUGAGUGGAAGGACAGUGUCUGGGUUCCCAGGAAAUUAAGGGUAGUUCAACUUUCUUUUUUAUGAGCUUGGAGGG